CAGAUUGCCACAACAAUUUCAUAAUUUAUAUAUAAAUAAAAAAAUUGUAUGGUGAAAUCUAAACUAAUUUGCUAAAUGCAAUAUCGUUGGGGCAACUUGAGUUAAAUACAAUGCCGGUGGACAUAAAGGAAUUAACCGAAGGUUGGUUAGAGCUAGAAAGCGACCCGGGUCUUUUCUCCCUUCUUUUGGAAGAUUUCGGCGUAAAAGGUGUCCAAGUAGAAGAAAUUUACGACAUACACAAACCCCUAGAUGGCCCCGUUUAUGGUUUUAUUUUUCUUUUCCGUUGGAUGGAAGAACGCCGCUCCCGACGAAAAAUCGUGGAGCAAACUGAAGUGUUUGUUAGAGAUGAAGAAAUCGUAAAUGAUAUAUUUUUCGCACAGCAGAUGGUCCCCAACAGUUGUGCCACCCAUGCCCUAGUUUCAGUAUUAUUAAAUUGUGCCGAUUUACACUUGGGAGCGACUUUGGAAAGGCUGAGAACACACACUAGGGGUAUGUCACCUGAGAAUAAAGGUUGGGCGAUUGGAAACACGCCAGAGUUGGCUAAGGCACACAAUUCCCACGCAAUGCCGCAAGCUAAAAGACGGUUGGAUAAAAGUAGCGGGGUUUCAACAGGCCGUUUUACAGGAGAAGCGUUCCAUUUCGUCAGUUUUGUUCCUAUAAACGGACGUCUUUUUGAAUUGGAUGGCCUGAAGCCUUACCCUAUCGACCAUGGGCCCUGGAAUGAGGGUGAUCAAUGGACAGACAAAUUCCGGGCCGUUAUCGCAGAUAGAUUAGCGAUAAGUGCAGGAGAUGAGGGCAGCGAAAUCCGUUUUAAUUUAAUGGCAGUGGUUCCAGACCGCCGACUUGCAAUUCAUCACAAGUUAAAGAUGUUGAAAACGAACAGACAGAUAGUUUUAGAUGCUUUAAAACACUUGGUCAAGGUUAAAAAAGACAAAAAAGAAGAGUCUUCAAGUAACAGCUUGGGUGGUAACAAUCCAAUGGAAGAAGAUACUCCUCAAGGAAAUUCUCAAAGUCAGUCAACAUCAGAAGAGAGUGCUUUGACGCCGAAAAGUUCAGUUACAACUCUAGGGCCAUUAGACUAUGCAACGCCACUCACAAUUCAAACAUCACCAGCCCCCAGCACUUCAGGAACAGAUACGUCAUCGGAAAUAGGGUCCGCGUUUAAUUCACCGACGCAGACCUGGAACUGGGGGGCGCAGCAACAACAACCAAGUCCGUCUUCAAGGGAUUUGAAGAGAUUUGUUGUGAUAAGGAUGAAUGAGCAAGAAGAGGAACAAAAUAGCAAGAUGACUGUGAAAAAAGAAGGUACUGAACAAAAAACUAACGGAAAUGGAGCCGUUGCCAGAGUUCGUACAAGUGAUGGUGAUACAGUUGUCGCUGAAAAAAAACAUCCUGAACUUUUGGAGCCUCACACUUUUGCCCCACAAGACCUUUUAGCGCUUUUACGAAAUUUAGAAAACGAGAUUUGUAUGUGUGAGAUUAAUUUAAAAGAUGAAAAUGAUAAACAAAACAAAUAUAAGAUUGAUGACUGUAGAAGGACUCAUAAUUACGACGAAUUUAUUUGUACGUUUCUAUCAAUGUUAGCUGAACAAGGAAAAUUGGCUGAUUUGGUUGAACAGCAUUUGCAAGUACCUAAAAGGCCAGGGACUGUGCCCCAACCUAAAGCUGCAAAAACGGCAAAGAAACAUGAAACUGGUGGAACGAAAAGGAAGAAGGGGAGGACGAAAGUAAAGAGAAGAAGAUGAAAAAAGAAAUAUUUAUUUAAAAGACAUAGGAAUUAAUAUUUAUAACUGAUUCAAAAAUUUUAUUGCCACUUGUGAUCUGAAAUACGUCUAACAAUCGAAAUAAAAAAAAACACUGAAGGUUUUAUUGGUUUGAUUUUUUUAAUAUUCGCUACAAAAAUAAAUAGUGAUAUUGUUCCAGUCAACCUAGAACUAUAGCCACGAUUAAAUUUUUAUCAUAACUCAUUUAAAAUGUAAAAUAAAUGGGACGUUAAGUUGA